CUCAUCGUGACACCAGACUGUUGCACCAACGCGCACAACAUAUCGUCGCUGGCAUACACGAACGAACACCUUCCAUCUUGCCACAACAUCCUCUUCUCCGUGCUCAUCCCCAGAACCUGGACCUCACGAGUUCUUGCCUCUUGCUCGACCGCCUCAUACGUACGGGCAUGCAAUGAGCCAGUCGCAAAACGGGUGGAAUAUGGACCGCCCCAGAGCAGGCUCUGUCAAGCGCGCCCGGGAACGAGCCCAGGCCACGGCCCAGGGAAAGGCACCUCGCAGGCCACCGCCGCCGCCGUCGUCAGCGACGCCCACGAUGCCGGCCGCGAUGCCGUUGGAGGAUGGCGCUUCCUCACCCCGGGGCUACCUCAGUCCACCACCUCGUCGCCACAUGCCUCCGCCCUCGCAACCACCGCCCACGAUGCAGCUCCCGCCUGCGCCUCCGUCACGGGCCAGAGUGCCGCCUGGAUUCGAGGGGAAGAGUGGCAUCUCGAGACCCACGCAGGCGCCUCAUUGGCCCCUACCACCAGGCUCUCCUCUCACCCCUGUUAACAACAAAAGCAGCAGCAACAACAAUAACAACUACGAAAAUGAAUAUUUUCAGCCUCGCCAACCUGAUCGACCAGUUCAAGCCCCUUCCAGGCCACUUCAAGCGCCGCCCCGACCCGCUCGUCCCAGUCGCAUCCCUUCAAUGGUGGACAAGACCGGCCCUCAAACGCCAACGCCCGUCUUCCGGAACCCGCAGCAGGCGUCAGACGCACGGGAUAUGAUGGAGCAGGGACUGUCGUCGUCGGUGCCCGCUACGCCAGCCACACCGGUCUCGAGACUGACGACGUCGUCUGUUGGCAGCAUACCCGAGUUCCCAACGCCCGGCGCCAGCCAGGGGCCCCCGACGCAGCAGAUGCCCAUGCCCCCGCGACGAAGUGUCAAUCUGGGGCCGCCGCCGGCCGGUCGACGCGGGCCCUCGUCGUACUACUCCAACGCCACCUUUGUCUCGCCCAUUCCCGAGGAGAGCACGCGGUCACACGGCUCGUAUGCCUCGAGCGCGGCGAUGCCCGGCGUCUGGAACCCGGCCUCGCCCCUGACCCCGACGGCGUACGCCCAGGGCUACACUGACUCGUACUACGACGACUCGGUGACGGACAGGAGCCGCGAUUCGCAGGGUGACGAAUUUGGCGACGAGAGCAAGCUGGUCCGCAGCGCGAGUGUCGGCAAGAAGGGCAAGGCGGCUCUGGUGGACAACAAACCAGGUGCUAGCACGACGGGAGCGGCCACCGAGGCAGCGUCAGCUGCUGCGCCCACACGACCGCUGGCGCAGCCCGUGCAACCAUUCGCCAAUGGCACUGGCUACAUCGAGGACAGCACCAGCUCGGAGACGAUCCGCACAGCGGCGCAAAGGAACAAGGAAGCACAGCCGACUGUCGAAGAGGAACCGCAGCUGUUGAUGCCCGUGGCAUACAAUGCCACACCAGCCCUCCCAGGUCCCUCGGCAUCCCCAUCACCCGCCCCUGAGCGAUCGUGGUCGAGGCGCAUAUCGGCCAUUAAGCGCCCGCCCAACCUGGACAUUGAUGCCGUCCGCGCCGCCGAGGCCAGGGGCAGCAUCACCAGCUUACCUGAUCUCAUCAAGCGCGCGACACGGCUGGCCGCCAUGAUCGAGAGGGGCAAGCGCCCAGCCAGUCGAUUCGAGAACUUUAAUGACUACCUCGACAAGCCGCACGGCGGCGACGGCGACGGUGAUUCUUCCUUCAACGACCGCCACCAGUCCGGUCUGUCCGAUAUGCUGGCGGCGUUCCCCCCGCCGGGCCACCAGCAAAGGGCGUCGCCCAACGCGCAAACCCGUCGCAGUGGAAUGUCUUGGUUUCGCAACACAUCUUGGCCCCUGAUUCCAGGCGUCAAGGACGAGCAGGGACAACGUGACGGUGCACACAACGAGACGGGUCCGCCAGGAGCAACAGCAGCAGCAGCAACAGCAGAGAAACCCCGACCCGUCCGUCGCAAGUGCUGCGGCAUGCCUCCCUGGGCCUUUGUGAUCCUGAUGAUCCUCCUCCUCUGCGCCAUCGCGGCCGCCAUCGUCGUGCCGCUGCAGUUCUUCGUCUUCAAGACGCUCGGGAACCACCCCAAGCCCCUGUCCGCGCUCGACCAGUGCAAGGCCGACCUCGUCUGCCUAAACGGCGGGACCAACGUGCUCUCCCAGGGCACGUGCGCGUGCAUCUGCACCAACGGCUUCACCGGCACCGACUGCGGCGUCGGCGGCUCCGACGGCUGCACGACCACCGACCUCGUCUUGUCGUCCGAUGCGGCCUCGGUCAUCCGCAACGUCACCCUCGGCAAGGCCAUCCCCCGCCUCAUCGCCGACGCGCGCGCCAACUUCUCCGUGCCCCUCUCGGGCACCGCCAUCCUAGCCACCAUCAACGGCGACGACCUCUCGUGCCGCGCGCAAAAUGCCCUCGUCACUUUCCAGGGACGCCCCCUGCGUCUCAGGGAGGCGGAGCAGACCGAGGAGGAGAUUGUGGAUGAUAGCGAUGAGUUGGACCAGGCCAUGGGCGUCGCGUCCCGGUCCGAAGCCUCGUAUUCGGAUGAAUCGACGUUUAACGUGACCGAGGAGGUGCUCGACUUUGCGCGCGUCGCGGUCCUGUACAUUCUGCAGCAGGAGGACGCGAGCGACGCCGAGGCGGCGCAGACCAGCCUCCAGAGUUUCUUCAGCGGUGGGCAGUACGACGAGUCGGCCAUCACGCAGAAGGAUGCGCAGAACGUGACGGUCGGGGCGAAAGACCACACCGUCAACCUGGUAGACUUUGGCAUCGACUUGGGUGAUGGGCUGGUCGGCAAGGCAUCCUCGUCCAAGAGUCGGAAGAAGAUACGUCGCACAAGCAGCAGCAGUCAUUCUCGGCGUUUCGGAUUAUAAUAAAAUAAGUAGGUCGCCGCAGGGACCAGUUCCUCUUUUUCAGACGAGGAUUGCAGAGUCUUUCUUGUAUAUAGAACUUUCGCUUCACACACAACAUAUGAGAAUGAGGGCAGCCUCA